AUCCCAAUGGCUGUAUCCUCCUCCGACUGCCCCUUGGCUCCCAAGAGAUAGAUUUGCUUCUCCAUCCCCACACAUACCUCAUCAAUGGCUGACUACAGAAAAGGGAGAGGCCGUUCUCAGCCCAGAGCUGCCGCCUGAGCCCCCAGAGGGCUGCCGCCUGUCUGGCCCACCAGUGAUCCCAAGCUGGGGCCACACUAGGUGCACAGGGGGUGCCUGGAGUUAUCUGUCACAGCUGCCCUUGGGAGAGCCUCACCCUUACGUCCCUGGUCCCUGGUGUAGUCAAGGCGAUGCUGCCUCCAAGGAAGGAGCAGGUGCUGCCACAGAACGCCAUCGUGCCUCCCAGGCACCACCCCCAGGACCUCUCACAGCUUGUGGACUCCCCUCCCUGCAGCCCCCAGCCUGUCUCCCCCAUCCAGUCACAGGCCCACCCCAAACCACCUGCCACUUUCUCCCCUCCUGCACGAGCCCAUCCUCCUGCCCCCCAACUCUGUUCUUCUGACUCCAAUUCAGAUCUAGCUCCACAUCCCUCCUCCCCCUCCCUCCCCAGCUCCCCCACUUUCUUUCACCAGAAUUCCCUCUUGCUCUCCCUCCAACGCUCCUCCUCUCCCUCCAGCUUCUUGCUCUACCCCUCUCCUCCCCUUACUCCCUCCUCUGCAUUCUCUCAGCCCCAGAACUCCUCUCCCCGCUCACGCUCACGGGGCCAGACUCCCUCAAGGCCUGAAGACCUGCUGAGCUCCACACUCCCUUCCCCAAGUCCCAGCCUUCCUUCUCCUGCUGCCAACUGUAACAGGAAGACAUGGAACUGGAGUCAUCAGCACAGGGACAGCGGGUCUCCUGGGGAGGCAGGGGGAUGCGUGGCAAGCGAGAGGGAUCCUGCAGAGUUCAGGGACCCAGGGGCACUUGCCCAGGCCCUGGUGGUCCACCUGGGGCACCGCCGCAUCGCACACGACCUGCGGCUACUGCUUCUGCAGCGCCUGUGGCUAGGCAGAACUGGCCGGGCCCCAGUUGUGGAGUACCCCAUAUGCCUGGUGUGCCUCCGGCCCCGCAGCCCCUCAUGCCCCGUCCCCAGAUACAAGUCUGGCCCCCGGCUGCUGGCCUUCCCCCAACUCCUGCCCUGUGGGCCAGGCCAGGAAUCCGGGACACUCCGCAUAGGCAUUGGCUUCGGCCUCCGCCUGCCUCGGGGCCAGGCCAGGGCCUUACAUCUGUUGCCAGAAAGAAGGUCGGGGCAAACAAGGGGCCAGGGCGAGGCCGGUCAGGCCCAUCAGCAACAAGCACGGGCAUUUCCAGCCCGGGCAGACCCGGCCCCGGGCACACCGUCCUCCCAAGCCAGGAGCCACAAGUCUGCAAGCCUUCACUCACCAAACUCCACUCAAUGUUCAGGGCCUCCCCUGCAGGUGCCAAAACAGGCCGCUGCCUCCCCAAAGCCCAGGCACCCUCCUACUCCAAGGAGGCCUGUUUCUUCAGAGUCCAGGUUCCCCAAGUCACCAGUCUAGUUCUGGAGCCACGGAAGCUCCUGGGAGCAGCUCCUCCAAAUCCCACCCUCCCCGCCAGGCCCCAGAUCUCCCACCGUCCCAGAGAUACCCUGAAGGGCUGGCUGGCCGGAAGUCAGGUGUGUGGUCCUGUCCUGAAUCCUGGAAGCCCCCUGUGGAGUCUGCUGUCUCCUGGCUGAAGUGACCCCACUCAGCCUUCAGUGCAUUCAAUAAAAACCUGCCCCCGUGGAA